AAAACAAGCGUGAAGGCGCCGCCAGCGACGGGGUUUUGAACAUCAGGCGGAGGAGAAGAGUUCAGUGUGAUGUUAAAAUGCCGGUUUGUUGGCUCGUUAGUGAAGAGAGGAGUCACAGGCCCAUCCAGCUGCCCCACCUGCAGACUGUGGUCCUGGGUCGAGGUCCACAAACCACCAUUAAAGACAAGAAAUGCUCCCGACAGCAAGCUCGGUGUAAAUCCCACCUCCGUAGACUCUGUAGUGGUGGGUGUAGACAAUGAGGUCAGAAUGAAGCCUGGGCAGCAGCUUCAUAUUGUCAAUCAGCUCUAUCCAUAUACUGUACAUUUCAAGGAGGAUAUCACUGGUAACCCCAGUGGCACCAAAAGACCUCGGGAGUCGGCUUCAGUGGACAGAGAGAGCCAGAGAGAGGCUCCGAAAAUGAAAGCAGCCACAGAGACGAUCUCUGUGUCAGUUAGUCAUGGAGAAGCUACACACACCAGUGAAAGUUUUGGAAAUUGGAGCCAAGGUCUGAAGACGUCGAUGCAAGACCCAAAGAUGCAGGUAUACAAGGAUGAUCAAGUAGUCGUAAUCAAAGACAAAUACCCCAAAGCUCGCUACCACUGGCUGGUCCUCCCAUGGCAGUCCAUCCCCAGUCUGAAGGCGCUGCGUGGCGAGCACUGUGACCUGGUGAAACACAUGCAGCAAGUUGCUGACCGGAUGGUUCAGCAGUGCCCUGAUUCUAGCUCACUGAGUUUCCGCACAGGGUACCAUGCCAUCCCGAGCAUGAGUCAUGUUCAUCUCCAUGUUAUUAGCCAGGACUUUGACUCUCCUUGUUUAAAGAACAAAAAACACUGGAACUCUUUCACUACUGACUAUUUCAUUGAGUCUCAAGAUGUCGUUCGGAUGCUUGAAACCAGUGGAAGGGUCACAGUGAAAGAAGGCAGCAGUGAGUUGUUGAAACUUUCUCUUCGUUGUCACAUGUGUCGCAGAGAGCUUCCCACUAUACCAGCUCUGAAGGAACACCUGAAGUCUCACUUUCCCAGAUAACAAUGUUUCCACAAAAAGGACACAGUCACUCACAUGUUAACGGUUCAAAACUUGAUUUGUACUUGUUAAUCAUGAGUUCUAGUUUUGUAAAACAUUCUUGUUGUAUAUUGUUACUUUGUGACUGUAACACAAUGUACAUUAUCAUGUCUUUAGUUCAGUUUAUCAUUUGUUAAUGAACAUGCAUGUCAUUCAUGCUGGAUGUCAUUAGACAAGUUCUGUUCCUUGUUAACUUUCAAACAUGUAAAUAUGUUAUUAAAUGUUUUGUAAGAACUAUAUCUAAAUAUGUC